GGCUACUGGCGGCCCAACUACACCAGCGACGCCGCGAUGAAGCUCUCCGACCGCGUGAGGAGGAAGUGCUACAACUGCCACACCACGGACACGAGCACCUGGCGGCGCUCGAGCCUCACGCCGGGAAAGGUGCUCUGCAACAAGUGCGGCCUCUUCGAGCGCACCCAAUCUCGCCCGCGGCCC